AUGGCUGACGCAACUAAAUAUGAUAGCCACGGGGUGCACCUGGGAAUGGGAGGUUGUAGACAAGAGUGGAGGUUGACUGCAGCCUCGCAAUGCCAAGCAGAACCAGCGGUCGCAAUACCUCACAAGUCUGCCUGUGUUGAAAGAUGUGGGAAGGUUGAUAUUCCAUUCCCAUUUGGAAUUAAAGUCGGGUGUUACAUGAAUGAGUGGUUUAGAGUAAGUUGCAACGAAACCGGUGAUGGGCCAAAGCCUUUCAUAAGUAGCAUCAAUAUGCAACUACUCAAUGUUUCAUUUUCUCAAGGCACAGUUAUCGUCAACAAUUCAAUAACUUACUUCAAUUGCCCCAAUAAGAGUGAAGAUAAUAAUGGGGUUAGUGUCAACCUAACAGGCAGCCCCUUUUUCUUCUCGGAAAUCUUCAACAAAUUCGUGUCUGUAGGUUGCGGUUAUUUGGUAACUAUUUUUCGUAGUCGAACUGAUUAUCCUUUUGGUAGCUGCCUGCAACCCCGUUGUAGCAACAUUAUGACUUCCAAUGUUAGCUGCCUUAUGAAAAUUCCUCCGGGUCUCAGUUCCUUUACUGCGAACAUGACAGAGAUUUAUCCUAGUAAUGGCAGCAGGAGAUCAUGCGGAUCUGCUUUCAUGGUUGACGUAAGUUUGUUCGAUUCCGAUUCAAGUAGGACAAUACUUCCAGACCAGAAUGGCGUAAGCGGUUGGACGCACGUUCCCAUGACACUGCAACGGGGCACACCAAAAGCAGGACACGUUCCUACAGCACUGCAAUGGGGCACACUGAAACGUGGGCUGUGUGAGUUGAAAGAUGGUUCAAAUACCUUUUGUAGCUCCGGUGGUCAAUAUUGUUGGACAAACUUGAGCGCCAGCCAUCUAUGUGUUUGCAGCGUGGAUAUCAAUUCUGACAUUGACAAUUACGAUUAUUAUUCUGAUGGAUGCGAAGGUAUCGUACAUAACACGAAUAAAGAAAAUUGCAGGGAUCUUAAAUAUAGGUACUGUUGUAUGCUUUGUUUGAAUGCUCCUGGCAACUAUUGUUCAUUGGGAUGCCCUGAUGGAUAUGAAUACGCAAGUUCAGACGAUGGGUGCAUACCAACAGAGUUUCCGACGAAGAAGCCUAAAGAGUCUCCUAAAGAGUCUCCUACGAAGAAGCCCAAAGAGUCUUCAAAUUCGUCCAUCAUCAGUAUAAAUAGAAAAUAUGAAUCAUGUUGUCAUUAUUUUGCAAAUUUACCUUUUGUAUUAAUAAAUUAUGUUUCCUAUACAGGUUGCAGCACUAGUAUUGGGACAGUAUUUGUGCUACUUGGUACAUGGCGAAUGCAAAAAGUACUAGAAAGAAGAAAAAACAUCAAGCUUAAGCAAAGAUACUUUAAAAGGAACGGAGGCUUGCUACUGCAACAGCAACUGUCCAGCAAUGAAGGGAAUGUUGAAAAAAUAAGGUUGUUUACUACAAAGGAGUUGGAAAAGGCGACAGAUUACUAUCACGAGAAUCGAAUCAUUGGUCAAGGAGGGCAAGGAACAGUUUAUAAAGGAAUGUUAACGGAUGGAAGCAUCGUGGCAAUCAAGAAGUCUAAAAUGGUGGAAGAGAAGACAUUUGACGAAAAGAAGCUUGAACAGUUCAUCAAUGAGGUGAUAAUUUUAUCACAGAUUAUCCAUAGAAACGUGGUUAAGCUUUUAGGAUGUUGCCUGGAGACAAAGGUCCCUUUACUAGUUUAUGAGUUCAUCCCCAAUGGAACACUGUCUCAACUCAUACAUGAUCAAAAUGAAGAAUUCCCAUUGACAUGGGAAAUGCGUUUACGAAUUGCAAUUGAAAUUGCCAAUGCUUUAUCCUAUUUGCAUUCAGCUGCUUCUGUCCCUAUUUAUCACCGAGACAUCAAAUCUGGCAACAUACUUUUGGAUGAUAAAUACAGAGCAAAAGUGUCAGAUUUCGGAAUUUCAAGAUCAGUUGCACUUGAGCAAACUCAUAUAACCACUCAAGUACAAGGAACUUUCGGAUACUUGGAUCCGGAGUUUUUUCGGUCAAGUCAAUUUACAGAGAAGAGUGAUGUAUAUAGUUUUGGAGUUGUUCUUGUUGAACUGCUAACAGGACAAAAACCCAUCUCUUCAACACAAUCAGAGGAAGUGAGAAGCUUGGUAGCCUUUUUUCUGCUUACAAUGAAGGAGAAUUCCCUAUUUGACAUUCUUGAUCCAAUGGCAAGGAAUAAUGGUCCAGAAGAAGAGAUUAUAGCAGUUGCAAAGCUAGCGAAAAGAAGCUUGAAUCUUAAUGGAAAGAAAAGACCCACAAUGAAACAAGUUGCAAUGGAGCUGGAGAGGAUUAGAGCAUCAGAAGAAGCUAAUGCUAUUGAACAGAGUGUGGAUGAAGAUUCUGAUAUAGAUGAGAUGAUCGAACCUUGGGCUAUUACUUCUUGUUCAACGUCUAGAUCAAUUAUAAACGAUAGUGUAACUCUGCCAUUGGAUGCAUACCCCUAAUUAGUUUCCAACAGAACUUGUUAAACUUUCUGCCUUCGGAGUGU